GCGCGGGCGGAGACGGCGAUCCUUACCUGAGGAAGCGGCAACUCCGUUCCUUAUCCCCCUAACCUUUCCAUUCCCUUCCCCGUUACGGCCCUAGGCGUUUCCUUCCUCAGGGGCCCGGAAGGCGUUGCCCAUUUUGAAGACGCCCCCAAUAUUCAGGAGGCACCGAAAUUCCUAUCUUGGGGGCCGGAGCUAUGGGCCUGAGCGGGGGUCUUUAUGACUGUGACGACCCCCAGUGCUGGACGGCCGUGCUGGGCUGCUACAAGGACGUGGUCAGAGCCAGAGAGGGCAAGACCCGCAAGCUUGUCGCUUUGGAUGAAUGGUAUCAGGAGGAGCUACCAGUUUCUAUAAGAGAGAGAAAGGACAAAUACCUCACAAGAGAUGAAUUGGUGAAGCUGAUGGAAUGGAAGCUGACGAGGGGCAAAUUCAGACCACGACUCCAGAAUUUGGUGGCCACUAACCCAGAGGAGUUGGUAAAGCAAUGUACAGCAGCAGCCUUCUCUCUCCUACCUAAUGUGGAAGCUGCCAUCACAGAGCUGAGCCAGCUUAAAGCCGUGGGACCAGCUACUGCCUCUGCAAUUCUGACAGCAGGUGCCCCAGAGACAACAGCAUUCAUGGCAGAUGAGGCAGUGGCUGCUAUCCCUGGCCUACCUAUGCUCCAGUAUACUCUCAAACACUAUGUCCUGUAUUUGGACAAGAUCCGGGCCUGUGCUCAGAGGCUGAACCAAGUUGAUGCCUCCUCAGAAUGGACUCCUCAUCAAAUAGAAAUGUGCCUCUGGACUUGGACUGUGGCUCAGAAACUGUGUCCCACAGUCUUGCCCUCUUUUUUGUGGGAAGCCCCCAAAGCCAGAGAAGAUGCUGAAGAUGUUAGACCGUCCAAGAAACGAAAAGCUAGCAUUCACUGAUCCUGGGCAUCUGUAUACACUUCAUUCAGAGAGAAAUGCAUCAGCCAGACUCCUAUCCUCUACAUGGGGGGCUCAGGGCAGAAGGUAGCCUUUGUCAUCCAUUAAAAUUGCCUACCAUCCCAACCUCAUCUGGAUCUCAACUCCUUAGAUACCUUCUCCCAGGCUGGCACUGACCCAGGAAUUAGGAAUUAAGAGUGUGUAGCUCCAAUUUCAUCACUGAAUCACUUCCGGUAAAGCCACUUAAACUAUUGUUGCAGUUUGAAUAAUUUCUCCCUGUUGUGUUCAGUUCCUGCAUAAACCUAGACUUGACCAUU